AUGGGCUGCUGAAUAACAUCGCGAACAGGGAAGAAAUCCAGAAGAGUAAUCCUGAGUCGAUGGUCUUCCUUCAAGGAUGAAGAAGAUGCGGUGAAUUACAUUGUGUCAGCAUACAAGAGGUCUCUACUGCUGAUUUUGUUGUAUGAAUAUGAUGACCAUAAGACUGUGAGCAUGGCUUUUAGGGAGAAUACUCCGCAGAGGAAGAGACUAAAUAGGGUAUAUAUGGCACAGGCAAAGAGAAAAUAUCAGAAUCCCAAGAGGCCUUUGCUACGAUUCAGAGAGGAAUGGAAUGGAACAAUAACCACAACUAUUUUUUCAUAUUUCUCAUUCGCUGAACUGGCCAUACUCAGUGGAGUUUGACGAAUGUUCUUUGAAAUAGCCGGAAGCAGAGCAAUUUUAUCAAUGCACAAUAAUGGUCAGAAGGCAUUAGAAGCAUCUAUCGAUCAUGUACUUCCUGAUAUCACAAAGGAUGAUGUUGUAAACCAGUUUGGGCAACAAGGGGAUAGAAUAAGACAUGACCUCACACAUAACUCAGAUGGAAAUCUUUACUUUCCUCAUCUUUACAUCACUAGUGACAAAAAUAAUUUAGACAAAAUUUUACCGAAAGGAAAGUUUCGAUUUAACUCCGUGACUCCUAUCAGCCAUAAUUCAUCCAAUCAGGAGCCAGAGUAUGACAUCAUCAAAGAUGAAUUUGGCUAUAUUAAACUAGUUGGCAAGAUGUUUAACGGGACUAAUCGAAGUGGAAGUUCAAAAAAUAUUCAAAGUGAUAUCCAAUACCAAUCUGAGGUCAACUCCUCCCAAGCUUUCGGGAGUGGUCGGGAAGGGACUCUUUCACUGCGAGCUCAGAAUUUCUUAGUCGCCCCAGAGAGGAAUAAUCUCAAGUUGGCUAAUACACAUACGAAUGGGUUUAUGAAGGAUCAACACUUUCUGUUCUCUCCUAGCUGAGACAGUAAUCAAGGUAAUAAUAGCGUAAAAUCAAAUAAAAUCCGCCAUCUACAAACCGAGGUGGAUAAAUCGAAAGAAUGAUUAAUCAUAAAGACAAAGAAGUUGAAAGGCCCUAAGUUGAAACCAAAGGACCGAAUCCACCCAGCUUGUGAUACUCCUAAAUUCAUAAAUUCUCGAAAUCCCAGUGAGACUUUGCUCCAUCUGACAGCUGGUUCGAAGAAAAGGUAUCCCAGUAAGUUCCGUGAGGAUAGAGACGAAAUCUUACAAGCAGAAAUGGGAGACAACAUGAUUAAUAAUAUUGAUUACUUAAGCGAAGAUAGCUAUUAAUUCCCAAUA